UGAGUCUUUAAAGAAGCUCUUGUGGUUCCGUGUGCUGCUUUUUCAACCGCUGCUAGGAGCUGUGAGGAGAGUGGGUGAGCGGAAUCCGCGCCAUGGCUGCGGUGACCUAUGAGGAUGUGCAUGUGAACUUCACUCAUGAAGAGUGGGCUUUGCUGGAUCCUUCCCAGAAGAGUCUCUACAAAGAUGUGAUGCUGGAAACGUACAGGAAUCUCACUGCUAUAGGGUACAGAUCGGAAGACCACAAUAUUGAAGAACACUGUCAAAGUUCUAGAAGAACUGGGAGAUAUAACAUCUGUAAUUGUGGAUAUAAGCCCUGUGAGAAGAAAGGCCAUGGAAAGAAGCAAUGUGCCUUUGCAUGUAACUGUGUUCAUCAAACGUAUGAAAGAAUCCAUACUGAAGAGAAAGCCCAUGAAUGUAAUCAAUACAGUAAAGCCUUUGUAAAUUUCCAUAGUCUUCCACAACGUGCAAAAAAUCAUCCUAGAAAACAACCGUAUGAAUGUAAUCACUGUGAUAAAGCCUAUGUAAAUCCCAGUUCUCAGAUACACAAAAGAAUUCAUAUUGGAGAGAAACCUUAUGAAUGUUUGAACUGUGGUAAAGCCUUUGAAAAUGACAGUUAUCUUCAAAAUCAUGAAAAACAUCAUAGUCUUGAGAAACUCUUUGAGUGUAGUCAAUGUGGAAAAGCCUUUGCAAGUCGCAGUUAUCUUCCAAUACACAGAAGAGUUCAUACUGGAGAGAAACCAUAUGAAUGUACUCAAUGCGGUAAAGCGUUUACAAGUCGCAGUUAUCUCAAAAUUCAUAAAAGCAUUCAUACUGGAGAGAAACCAUAUGAAUGUAAUCAGUGUAGUAAAGCCUUUGCAAAUUUCUAUAGUCUUCGACAACAUGAAAAAUAUCAUACUAGAGAAAAACCUUAUGAUUGUAGUCAUUGUAGUAAAGCCUUUCCAAGUCCCAGUUCUCUUAAAGUACAUGAAAGAACUCAUACUGGUGAGAAACCCUAUGAUUGCAGUGAAUGUGGUAAAGCAUUUAUAAGUCACAGUUCUCUUCAGAUACACAAAAGAGUUCAUACUGGAGAGAAACCAUAUGAAUGUACUCUAUGUGGAAAAGCCUUUGUAAAUCGAAGUUAUCUUGAAGUACACAAAAGAAUUCAUACUGGAGAAAAACCGUAUGAAUGUAAUCAAUGCAGUAAAGCCUUUGCAAAUUUCCGUAGUCUUCGACAACAUGAAAAAAAUCAUACUAGAGAAAAACCCUAUGAGUGUAGUCAGUGCAGUAAAGCCUUUGUAAGUCCUUGUCAUCUUCAAAUACACCAAAGAACCCAUACAGGAGAGAAACCCUAUGAUUGCAGUGAAUGUGGUAAAGCAUUUACACGUCUCAGUAAUCUUCAAGUACACAAAAGAACUCAUACGGGACAAAAACCCUAUUGUUGCAGUAAAUGUGGUAAAGCAUUUACAUGUUUCAGUAAUCUUCAAAUACAUGAAAGAACUCACACUGGAGAGAAACCCUAUGAAUGUAAUCAGUGUGGUAAAGCCUUUGCAAGUCGUGCUAGUCUUCNUUCAAUACCAUGAAAAACAUCAUACUGGAGAGAAACCCUAUGGAUGUAGUCAAUGUGGUAAAGGCUUUGCACUUCGCAGUCUUCUUCAAGUAC